CCUGCACCCGGCGCGAAUCCAAUUUAUCCCCCUUUCUCUCGUUUCUCGGCCGCGGAGACCCGGGGGCGCGUAACGCGUGCGGUGGAACGAGGACAGGACCGAGGAGAGACGAUCCCGAGAUCUCGCCGCGUGCGUUCGGCGGCCGCCGCCCGGAUCCUCGCCCAACGAGAAAGAGAAGGAGCGAGUGCGUGGCCCCCGACGGCAUGGCGGCGUGCUGAAGCACCGGCUGUUUUGUUGACGUUCUGUUCGCGGGCCGAGGCCGCGCGGGACCCGCCAGGAUGAUGAAGAUAUCGGCGCUCAACGAGGAUUCGAGCGAGGAGAGCGAGGAGGAGGACGUGCCGACGAUCACGAAGGAGGCGCAGGAACAAAUAGCGCUGACCGAGUACAACAAAGCCUUGGAACUGCUGAGGGAGGACAAGCAGGAGGAAGCACUGGUCGUCUUCAGGGAUCUCCUGGACACCGAGCUGCUGGACGAGGUGGAGAAGCCCGAAGUGCCGGACGGCAGAUCCAGACCGAUGUUGUCCCUGAAGUAUUCCUGCUUUAAGAACAUCGGCGCCAUCCAGGCGGCCUGCGAGAACUACGAGGACGCGGUGGAGAAUUAUUGGAAGGCCGCGAAUCUGGACGAUUCCGACGUGACGCUGUGGCACAGGCUCGGCGCGUUAGCCAUGAAGACCUCCAACCUGGAACUAGCCUGCUCGUCGUUCAAGCAAGGCCUGAAAUGUAAUUUCAAUCACUGGCCGUGCCUGGACAAUCUAAUAACUGCCUUAUACGCCGUUCCUGAUUACAUGAACUGUCUGUUGUAUAUUUCCGUGGCGUUGGAGAGGGAUUCGAAUUAUGUGAAGGGUCUGGCCUUCCGUGACAAGAUAUUCAAAGACAUCCCGUGUAUGGAGGAAUGCUACAAGUUGUACAAUAGCGACUGGCACCUAGACCCGCCUUUAUACGCCGAAUACGAUCAUGUAUUGGGCGACAAAUUGUUAGCGGAGGCGAAGGAAGUUUCCAGAAAGUGGGCGGAAGUCUGCAAGGCGGAGUUUACGCCGAAAACCUUGCCGGAGUUGACUUUAAGGGUGCCCUUGACGAGCUGCACGUGGCUGGCCCUCGGAGAAAGCAUACUAGACAUGCAUAGGUACAUCACCGAGAACAAUUUCAACUUUGUCAGUAAAAUUGUAUUAUCGGUCCGAAAACCCGGUGACAAGAACGCGGCAAGCAAUGAGGGGGAGGCUGUAGAAAACGCAGACAUGGAAGUGGAUCAGCAAAAUGACUCGGUUCCGAACGGGGAGAGCGAUAUAAAAAAAUCUGUCAAGAUCGAGGCGGAAGAUUGCGAGAUGUCGAACGACAAUCAGGUUUUUAAUGCUGACACGGCGAUGGAAAUUGAGAUCGAGGAGGACAAGAAGUCUUGCUCAAGCGACGUGCAAAUAGUCGAAGAUGAGGACACGUUGAGAAUGUCCGACACGGACGGUCUGCAGUGUGAGGAACAAACUGAAACGAAGAACGUGGAGUCGGAGGAACAAGUGCACUCCGAGGCGGACGCGAAUGUCGACAAGUUGGAAGGCGACAAAGUCACGGACGAUGUUUACAGCGUAGAUAAUGGAAUGCCUAAUGAAAAGUCCAGUGACAAGGAUAGCGAUAAAUCGAGCGAUAAAGCUUCUGAGAAAGACACGGAGAAGGCAAGCGACGGGAUAUGCAAGACGGACGAUAAGACUCAUUCUGAGAAAGCCGAGGGAAAGGAGGAGGGACAGAAGGUGAAGAAAAGGCGCAGAAGUGCGCUGUGCUUCUUGCAGCAAUGGGCUUGGAGUUGCAGCAGCAUGAGACGAUCCGCGAGAGUGAGGGGUUCGAACAGAAGAGAAGCGGAGAGGGAUGAUGUUCAGUUGGAGGAAACUCUUAGAAGAUUGUUCCCUAGCACUCUGUUACCCGACACGAUAAGAUUGACCAAGGAUGACGCUACUAAAAAUCUCGACGAUUCAAUGGACACCAUGGAUAUGUAUCAACUGUUUGCGAAUCAGGAAAAGAAUAAAAAUAUGGAAACUCUCAAAAGCUCGGAAAGUUCUAAAUCGCCAAGUCCUGACACAAGUCAGCCACGGAAAUACUUCGGAUCAGAGGCAGAAACUGCCGAUGUGGACGCAUUUAUAAACGAGCAUAGCAGCAAAAGCAAUUUAAUGAUAAUUAUUACCAAGUUUGCAGAAUUGUUAUGUACUAAAUGGAACCAAGAAUGGCCGAAAGGAAUGUCAGAUGUUUAUCUACAAGCAUAUGCCUUUAUGCGACAACAUAUUCCACAUUUAUCACCGUUUGAUGAGGAUGUCAAUGGCCAAGUUUUGAAGUUGGACACCGAAACGACAUUAUUAUUUGGCGAGCUUCAUACGGACAGGUGGCUAGAUAAUAAACCGGAUACCCUGCCUAAUCCAACAUUAGAUAAACUUGGCACUGGAAUGCCAGCAGAAGAAUUAGGACACAUAAUAUUUGCGAGUGUUAGACAGGAUCUUUUAAAUGAAGAGAAUUUGUAUACAUUACUGAGAAUUCUGUGGCUUAAAAGUAAUAUUUUUCUGUGCCAAGGUGAUGUAGACAUAGUCGUAGAAACUUUAGAACUGUUGUUAAACCGUCUCCACGAAAUGGAAAGUAAAAGCUUGAAUCCAUGUAUUACGCUUUUAAAUUGUAAGAAUAAUUCUCAAAUUAGUGCCAAACUUGUAAAGAAGAAGCUUACGUCAAUCCAGAGGGGUCAAAAAUUGGGCGAAAUUCAACAUCUGUAUGAAGAAAAGAAGUACGCAGAAUUGUCUUGCAUAUUGCAAGAUACUUUUAAAUUUGCUAAACAGAGACCCAAACUGUUGGUAACUAACGAAAAUAUUGUCGACAGAGUUCGACAAUUAAACAUGUUACUUGACAGCUUAUGGCAACUUCAACACUACGAAGAAUGUUAUGUCUGGGCAGAGGCUUGUCUGAAUGAAUCGUGGCAAAAUUACUUGAACUCCUCUGACGAAGCUGAACAGAAGAAGUGGACAAGUUCUGUUGUAACGGCACUUGAGAAAUUAGAAGCUUGUACAAUCGAAGUCAGUGUAUUCGUUGUAAAAUAUUUGUCAGAGUCUCGUUUAUCAAGAUUGGUGCAAAAUCUAGUUCACAUUGUUUGUCAUCAAUUGGAUGUACCAGAAACUGCUGUGGAGAUGCCAUUGGAGACUGUUCUACCUUGGAUCCUGUUACACUACAUUCUACAAUACAAAGAAGAUAAGGAAAGAGCAAAGGUUGAGUCCACUUACAAAAGUAAAUUGAACAGUUCUAAUAACUCCGAAUCGGAUGACGAGGACGAUGGUAUUCCACCAUCCAUCAUGAUUUUAUUCAUUGCACAUGAAUUUAUCGGCAGACAUUCGUGGUGCUGUUUCAACGAAGCGAAACUUCUGUUCUUCAUUAUGAACCUUGUUAUACCACAACUCGAAACUCCUCUGUUUGUCUCCAUCAAGGACAGGCUCACGAAAUAUUUGGAACAGAUAUUCUUUUGUCUGUACGGUCAUCCAAACAGGGUGAACAAAACGCGGCCGAAGUACCUUCAGGAUCACGGAGUACCGCAAAUGGAGUUAACCUGGGACGGAGCGCAGCUGCUGUUUGAUUUUUAUAAACCGAAACAACUACCAAACUUUCAAUCUGCCAGAGUGCUUUCUAUCAGCAUGGAUACAGAAAUACUGCUUAAGAGAAUAAUCAGAUUAGUUCCGCAGGAAAGCGAUCCGAAUCAAAUAAUAGACGAAAUGACGGCAUACAUAAUGGGCGCGAAAGAUAAGAUGCCGAGCGUAACAAAACUUUUGCCGCACGCGACAUCCACUAUUUACUACUUGUUGGGUGAUUUUUACUUCAAAAACAAUAAAUGGGAACACGCGUGCCGGUAUUACUUAUUAGAUCUGUGCUUAUAUCCAAAGGGAUUAAAUUCGUGGGCAGGUUUAGCUAUGGCGACGGGCAGCAUAAUAGAGAAUUGGUUAAACAGUUAUAGACCUAUAGGAAAGGAUAAGUUUCUCAAUAAGGCAAAAAUAGCACAGUCGAGUUAUCACCAUGCCAUCGAGCUUGCGCCUGGUCAUUCUGUAAUUUGGACAGAAUACGGGAAUUUCGUUUAUAUGGUUCAUUCGUUUUGUUCGCGAUUGCUCAAACAGGAGACCGACACGUUGAGUAUGGAGAGAUUUGAAAUUUUGGAAACUAGAAAGGAAGAGAUGCUGGAGAUUGCGGAUCAGUGCUUUGAAUCUGCUAAUCGAAUAUGUCAAACCAUUGAAGAGCCAACCAUACAGCACGAUGAAAGAUGGCUUUAUCAAUACAUGCUUGGUAAAGUCGCAGAGAAAAAGAAUCAGGAUCCUCCUGUAUUCUUGGAACAUUACGCAAAGGCUAGUGAAUUGUUAUAUGAGAACAACGCUCAAUAUCCACGUAGAAUAAGCCACAAGAGUCCACAAAAUCUAUCUAUAGAGGCCCUAGAAGUUCAUUAUCGCAUUCAUGCUAGUAUAUUGAAGUAUUUAGAACAACACGAGGGAAAACCACUGAAGAAAUCAUUAGGUCAGUUAUUCCAUUGGCAUCUUAAAAACUGCUCCGAAGGGUCCUUUAUGAAGUACCAGCCCAAACUUAACGACAAGAAAAAAGAAGAGAAUGAUAUUGAAAAAAGUGUGUCGAAGGAACUCGACAGCACAGCCGAUACAGAUAAAAAUGUAGCAGUAUGUCAACGCUCAAAUAGUAUUGAAGAGAUAGAAAUUGUAGAUAAGUCAAACAAAAUUUCUGAUACUAAGUCUACAGAGCUAGGAAAGUCGGAGAGUCGUAAGAGAUUUCCUGAUGAACUGUUACAUGACAAUACGAAGAGAAUAAAAUUAAGUAGCGUUUCGCACUUACAAUUAAUGCAGGACGUCGUAGCCUUAAUAGAUGAUUUGAUUACUAAAGUUUGCGAUAUGGUGUCGCAAAAGGAGAAAACGAGCGAUGACAUAAUGAUCAUAUCUAGUGAUGAAAGUAAUGAAUCAAAAUUACAAAAGAAGAAGCUGGAGAACAGGAGUGCUGAUAAAACAAAGCUGCAGGCGAAAACGGAGGAGAAUAAGAAAAGUUCAGCAAAUAUAUUGGCAGUUGAUUCCGAACGUAAGACUGACGAUGUACAGGAUUUAAUGGAUGCUCUCAUGAAACAGGCAAUGGAAAUUAGUCAGGAAACCCAGCAGUCUUCAGCGGAUGACGAGGAUACCAGGAGAUUUGAUGGCAAGUGGUUGCAGAACGAAGACUUGCAAACUACUGAAAAAGAAAAUAAGGACAAGAUAGGAGAGAGGAGAAAAAUGCAGGGCAAUGCGAAUGAAGAAAUGACUUUAAGUAGAAGAGGCUCUCAAGAAAGCACCACGACUACGCAAACCACAACUACGACUACGGAGACAAAUAAUUCGAGCUCUAGCAGUAGCGAGGAAUCUAGUAGUAGCGACGAUAGUUCCGAUAGCGAUAGCUCUAGCGAUAGUGAUAGUGAAUCUGUUGACAGCGACCCGGACAAAAAGAAGAAGGAUUCUGAGAAUGUUAAAGAUGAGGAACAGAUGCCAGAAGAAGAAGUAGCGACAUUAAUUGCGUAUUGCUUAGCUGGCUUGGAGCAGUGUGUAUUAAGGUUCGCGGAACAUCACAAGUCAUUUUAUAGACUUUCACACUUCUUUUUUAAUAACAAAAAGGCGAAGAAUACCGUGAAAUGUAAGGAUCUCUUACUAGGGACGUAUACUUGUCAGUUCUAUCCCGGACAAACUUUUCAAGGACUUUUUGCCGAGAGAAGAAGUACCAACUUUUUUAAUGGGGUGUGGCAUAUUCCAAUCAAUGAAAUUGACAGGCCUGGAAGCUUCGCUUCACACAUGUCGAAAUGCGUGACGUUACUCAUGCAGGUGUUGAAAGAAAGCAAUGAUAGCCGAAUGUUAAUGCAACUAUGCAUACAGCUCGGAAAGAUUCCUGAUUCAGACAAGAAAUACUUACGUGAUUCUGAAAGAGAACAAUUAUCUCGCCAAGCUCUGACACUUUGUCAACAGUCGCUCAGGAGCAGAGUUCAGACGAUGGGCCCGAUAAGCACAAUUGAUAGCGUGCACCUCAUUAGAACGGACGCUAGAACACAAGUAUUACUUGACGUACACGAGACAUAUCAACUUGUCCAGAAACAUUUUCAAGGCAAAGAUUCGACUAUACAAGCAUUUGCAACGUUAUUGACAGAUACAUACAAAAUGUACAUAGGCAAUAAAAACUUGGAAGGAAACGUUUUGGAGAUCGCUAUUAAAUGUUGUCAACGUCAGAUACAAGCGAACAAAAUUGCCUCUAUUAGCAGCAACAAUAGCUCUCACGUGCCACCUCAGAUUGCGUCUACUAUCUCGACGCCCGUGCCACAAGUACCAGUGAACUCGACGUCCCCGCAAACGUUGCAGAAUCGCAAACCGCAUAGAAAUCUAACAUCCACUGGACGUCCGAGAGGACGUCCGCCUAAUGUUAACAAAUACUUGCAACACGCUUUGCAACAAAGUGGCAACGUGAUGGGUCAGUUUAAUCCCAAGAGUAAUUUUUCGAAUUAUCUGGGCACAUCCGGACCGAACCGUUCUAUGAUAAAUCCUUAUUUCAUGAGUCCGCUGGUCGAUACGAACAUGUUAUCGGCUAUACUUGCCAGCGGACUGAGCAGCAAUAUAAUGGAUCCCCUAACGGCUAUGACCUACCUAAAUCAAGUAGGGAGUUAUCAAGACAUUCUUAGACAGUAUCAGAACUUAUCGUCAUUGACCAAUCUCGCUAGCGGCUUAAAUAAUCCCGGUACUACUAUGACCAACAUCAGUAAUGCUUCGACAAUGAGUACAUCAAGCUCUAGUAUCAAUGCUCCGAGUAACAUCGCUAAUUUAAACAAUCUAAAAGGUUCUUUAGAUCCUAUGACAGCGUCGGUGCAACAAUUAUUGAGUUUGAGCAAUUCUACAGUGUCAACUUCGCGACCGACACCCAUGUACCAUCAAACAGCCGCCAAGACUAACACGACUAUGUCAUUGACGAAAGACCGACCUAGCAUAUCUAUAACGCCGGUUACCACCUCGAUGAGCCAGCAGCCUCAUCACAAGACGAAGCAGCUUGGUAAGCAGCCGAGCUCGCAAACCGAACCGGUAUUGCCCGUCCACAUUCCCAAAUCGCUUCAUAUAUCGCCAACGAAACCGGUAUUACACUCGUCCAACGCGACGACGCAAGUGUCUCUGCUCAAGCCAUCCAUUAUUCAGCAAGUGAAAAACAGUCCGCCGAAACAGAUGAGCGCGCCGCAGAUACGGGUUUCGAAAUCACUGACGGAGCCGCAGCCGGCGCACAAUCCGUCGUUGUCGCACUCGCCUUUGAAGAACAGCGGUGGUACCGUGACGACAAAUCCGGUCGCGGCCAUGCCGCACGUCGCCCACACGUCCAUGGGCGCGCCGGUGAUGAUAUCAAAGCAGCAGCAGGCAUUGCCCAUGAACUUACCUAACGUAUCACGUUCCGGUACGUCGCUGCAGCACAAAUUACUGUCGAAGAAGAACCCCCAGCGACCUUACUCGGCGCAGACGAACGUGCAGAAUCAUCCCGUGAGGAAGGUGAAAUCGGGGGCCAAGACGACGGCCAUGCCAGUGCCGAUAUCUGGCAAUUUUCCAAAUCUAUUAAACGCGAUACCACCGACAGUUACCUCCGCGAUGUCGCAAUCGCCUUUCAUACCUCCGGAAUUAAGCGGCAUCUCGGUAAGCCCCGUUACUUCGCAGUCCGGUAUCAAAGCGGCGACGGCGGCGAGCGCUAAAUAUCACAGCUACAAGAAAUCCAUCAGCAAGCCGAAACCGCCGGCGACGUCGGCGUUGGAGGUGCCGAGCUCGUUGCCGGCUUCAUUCCCUCCCGGCAGCUCGGUCGAGGCACUCUCGAUGCUGUCGCAAUUACAACAGCACUCGCACCUGGAGAUAAUACCGCAGCAGAAGGCGCCGUUGAAGCCUACCAUUGAUUACUCGAAAACCCUGCCAUCCUCCGUGAGUGUAGUGCCGUCGAAGGUCCCAGAGACAUUGAGGUCGUCAGCCGCCGCUGAUUGUAUGACCAUGUAUGAUAUAUCUAGGGCAAAAACCGCUAGUGUUUCCAACAAAAAACCACAGGAUAAACUCCUUGCUGAUAAUGUCGAAAUUAUAACGUUGGACGAUUAAGAAUCACUCAAAUUUAUCUUAUAACUCUUACAAUUAGAAGGUACGGUCAAACUUGAUUUCUUUUAACGUAAUUAAUCAUAAGAUAUUAAAUUGAGAUAGCUAAUUCGAGAGAGCUUUAUCGUUCAAUUUUCAAGUUUCAAUUACGUACAUAUUUCCCAUUAAUUAAAAGUAUAAUUUAAUUGAUUAUUAUGUUCACAGAUGCGAAAUGACGCGUUGCUUUUUUCACUAAUUCUACUAAAGCAUUUUUGCACAAGGAAACGUUAUUUUUCUACCGUAUAUACUUGAUAAUGAUGACGCUUUUCUACGUGUACAAUAAUCUAGUGUAAUUAGCUUCAGUAAAUUUGAACGUUUUUAAACGUUUGUGUGUGCGUGUGUAUAUAUGUGCGUAUGUAUGCCCGCGCGUGUAUGUGUGCGUGUGUGUAAUUUACCUCUGAUAUUAAAAGGACAUAUGAAUCUAA